AAAAAAACUUAAAAUAGCAACACUCUAAACUGACUAACGGUGGAUCUUUAUAUAUUUGCAAUGUGGAUUAAGAAAUAGUCAUUCAAUAAUACUAUGAGCCAUACAACAAUGAAAAUACACUUUUCUAUAGAAAAGAACAGAGAAAAAGUAAAUUGCUUCAACCAUCUAUACAGAUAAUAUGGUGCCCUCCCCACAAGAACGUAGGCCAGAAGCCGCUGUGGAAACAACAAUGGAUGACAAGGACAGGGUUGUAAUAUCUGGUAUCUCUGGCCUCUAUCCACAGUCGCAUCAUAUCAAAGACCUGGCAGAUAUACUUUAUAACAAGGAGAAUCCUGUUACGGCAGGAGAGCCCCGCUGGAAAUUUAAUCACCCUGAAGUGCCACCGUUUAUCGGGACUAUUCCCAAGAUUGAUUGUUUCGAUGCCCAAUUUUUCAAAGUCCAUUACAGGCUCAGUACAAGUAUGGAUCCAAUGGCACGGAAGAUUCUGGAACAAGCUUAUCAAGCUAUUUACGAUUCAGGAGUAAGUCCAGAGCAUCUUUCGGGGAAAAAAAUCGGCGUGUUCAUCGGAUCUUGUUUUUCGGAAACUGAAAAAGCCUCUUUCUACGUUGCUACGUCAAGAACUGGUUUUGGUAUAGCUGGGUGUAACAAAUCUAUGUUUGCCAAUCGAGUGUCGUACUGGCUAAAUGCAAAAGGACCAUCUCAAUCAAUAGACGCCGCUUGCUGCAGUUCAACUGUAGCUCUCGAGCAGGCGUACUUGGCUAUGACCCGAGGGGACUGUGAAGCAGCCAUCGUCGGAGGAUCCAAUUUGUGCCUACACCCCCAAAGCUCUAUACAUUAUGGAAGGAUAAUAAAUCUCUGCAGGGAUGGAAAAACAAAAUCCUAUGAUCAGAACGCGGAUGGUUGCGCUAGAUCUGAAGCUGUUAACGUACUGUUUUUACAAAAAGCUAAAGAUGCCUUAAGAAUAUACGCCGAUGUCGUACAUGUGAAAAACAAAUUUCUUGAGAUGGUUGAAAGUGAUUCCGGUCCUAAGUAUGGCUUUUAUCGAGACCCCGUCAGCAUGUCAGGAUUCCUAAAAGAAUUCUAUGAAGAAGCAAAAAUAUUGCCCAAUGAAGUUGAAUACGUUGAAGGUUUUGGAUCAGGUGAUACAGAGGCAGAUAAGGAAGAAUUGGAGGCUUUUGAUAAAGUUUUCUGUAGGAAUAGAACUGAACCACUACUAGUUGGCAGCGUUAUGUCUAACUUGGGUUACUGUGAAGCAGCUUCUGGCAUAACUGCAAUUACAAAGGUUCUACUGGGAUAUCAUAAGGGUGAAAUAGCUGGCAAUCUUCACUGCACAACCCCUCGGAAUGAUGUAGAAGCAAUACUAAAAGGACGUAUGCAGAUCUUAACUGAUCACCAACAAUUCAAACGCACUUAUGUUGGCGUUAAUGGGAUGUCGGUGACUGGUAUUAAUUCCCAUGUUCUUUUACAUGGUCAUUUUAAACCGAAGGAUCCGACUCGUUAUCAAUGUAGCUUUCCUCGUUUAGUUACAAUUUCUGCACGACAGGAUGUAGCUGUAAGAAGCAUUAUCGAUGAUUUGAAAUCCCGAUCAAUUGACCCUGAAGAACUAGCAUUGUUACAUAAUAUUCAUUCUUCUAGGAUAAGCGGCCAUGUGGGCAGAGGAUUUGUUAUUCUAGGUACAGAUAAAGACAAUAAAACGAUGAGCCUGUGUGAAAAAUCUAGCUACUGUGAUGCUAGCGACCGACCGCUGUGGUUUGUGUACAGCGGAAUGGGCUCACAGUGGACUGGGAUGGGCAAGGCACUCAUGCGCAUACCGAUAUUUAGCGAUGCCAUAGAACGCUGCCGUAAAGUAUUGGAACCAAAAGGCGUUGACAUUAUCCAUAUCAUUACCUCACCCGACAAAUCCAUCUACGACAACAUACUGAACUCAUUUGUCGGAAUAGCUGCUAUCCAAAUAGGCUUGACUGACAUUCUGCGUGAAUUGGGAUUGGUUCCAGAUAAAAUAAUUGGUCACAGCGUGGGUGAGUUAGGAUGUGCGUAUGCAGACGGUUGUUUAACGGCUGAAGAAAUGAUCUUGUCGGCGUACUCUCGAGGUCUGGUUUCUGUGCAGACUCCAUUCAUUCGCGGUUCUAUGGCAGCCGUUGGCAUUGGAUUCGAAAAAAUCUCAAAGAUGUGUCCACCGGAGAUUGAGGUAGCCUGUCACAAUGGGCCCGACUCCUGCACAAUUUCGGGCCCAGCUAUGGCGAUGAGCGAGUUCGUCGCUCAGUUGACUGCUAAGGGUAUAUUCGCUAAGGAAGUCCCUUGUUCCAACAUUGCGUACCAUUCCCGAUACAUUGCGGAAGCAGGACCGGCUCUUCGGAAAUACUUGACUGAAGUCAUUAGCAGUCCGAAACUUCGCAGCCCGCGUUGGGUUUCCACUUCAGUGCCUCAAGACAGGUGGAACGAAGAAGCUGCAAAGUAUUCUUCGGCCGAAUAUCAUACUAACAACCUUCUGAAUCCAGUGCUAUUUGAAGAGACGUCACGACUGAUACCGCAAAACGCAGUACUGGUAGAAGUGGCACCUCACGGGCUUCUUCAAGCUAUUCUCAAGCGGUCCCUACCAUCGUCUUGUGUUAAUGUGCCUCUCACGCGACGUGGUCACUCUGACAAUGCACAAGUCCUCCUGGAAGCCAUUGGCCAGCUGUACAUGGAAGGGUAUUACCCAAAUAUUCGAGUACUAUAUCCCAAGAUUGACUUUCCUGUGUCUACCGGCACCCCACAUUUAUCGCAUUUGGUAGAGUGGGCCCAUAAUGAAACAUGGUUUUUGCCAUUGUACGUCACUGCCAGUAGAAGAGAAGCAGCUGCGUGCAAGUUUGUUAUUUCUCUCCAUGACACUGAAAAUAACUAUUUGCAAGGUCAUGUCAUACAAGGUAAAACCGUGUAUCCUUUCGCGGGCGCUCUGGUAGCGGUAUGGGACACACUGGCGAUGUCCGUGGGCGUGACUCGGAAGCAGUUAUCAGUGCAGUUUCGCGACGUGCAUUUGUUUGCCCAGCCGUUUAUGCACGACUCACGGCAGCUGCGCCUUAGCGUCACGCUACACAGAGGGACAGGAUUGUUCGAGGUGACUGACGGCAGUUCAAAAGUUGCUACUGGCUAUGUUAAUGGAGUAUCUAGUAACAUUUCUAGAGGUUUCAACCAUGCCGAGAAAACUAAAGAAGUUUUAGAGUUAUCGACAGACGAAAUUUACAAGAUAUUGUUCGAAAGACACUACAGAUAUGCGGGCGAGUUUCAAAGCAUUUGCAGUACGAACUCUACAUUUACCGAGGGAUACUUAUUAUGGGAAGGCAACUGGGUCACCCUUAUAGACGGCAUGCUGCAGCUCAAUGUUCUCAGGCAACCUCAUGAAGGCAUCUCUCAACCAGCCUACAUACGGAAGAUUACCAUUGACAUUAAAAGACACUUGAAUAAGAAGAACAUACAAAUAAAUGAUUUAAAUGUUAUGAAAACGAAUAUUUGCGCAAUUCAAGACAGCACCAGUUGCGAGGGCAUAUUGCUGGAAGGUAUACGAUUCCGUGAAAUUGUACCUGCUGAUGAGAAUAGACUGGCAUUGAAAGCGUUGAACUUUGUGCCACAGUUUCAAUCAGUGCGUGAUUUAAAGGUACAAAAUAUUUUCCAAGUGUUCAUACAGAUUGUUAACGAAAAUAUUGGCAAAGAUAUUAUAAAUAUUGUCGAAAUUUACGAUAAAAGAGGCGACGAUCGUGUAUAUCAAGAAAUAAAUACUACUUUAAAAGAUGUUCCCGGGAUUGUUGUAAACAUGAGCCAUAUGCAUAAGAGUGAAGUUUUGGAUAAUUUAGUAAAAGAAGCUGAUUUAGUUUUAGUCAGUAAUUUAUCCAGGGAUGAUAAUUUAUGUCAAAUUUUAUACCGUCUGUUUCACCGCAAUAGUUUUGUUAUCAAUGCUGAAGACUUAGAGGAAACAUGUAUACGACCAUCAGCAUUAUACAGUGUUGUUUCGGCUCACAGUUCUAAGAAAACUCGUCUAGAAUUAGUAAAGUGGAGGCCAAUAACAUUGACUUCUGGAACUAGUACAUUCACUGUCAGGACCACCUCGGAUCUUGCACUGUUAAAAACUGCGAGAUCGAACCUACCGCUGCGUCAGAGAAUGAUUGUGAUCACACCAUAUCCUAUGAUACCGGGACUAAAGGAUUUGGUAAAACAGUGGAGGAGCGAAUCAGAACGCAACCAAAUAUUCCUCCUUACAUUCAAAAAUACAUCCGAAAAUCUACAUAUAGAUGCACUGCCGGAAUUGGAUUUAGCUUUUAAUAUAAUUAAUCAUGAUGAAUGGGGCGGAGAAUACUAUGAGCCACUUCAGCAAAAAGUAAGCAGCAAUUGUGGUAUUGCCUUGAACAGCGCAAAAAUCGGUGACUUAGAAUCUCUUCGCUGGAUUGAAACGACUGGAUGCAAGGGUUCCGGCGUCCCGGUCAAGGUACAUUUUGCCGGACUCAAUAUUAAUGAUGCCAAGCGAGCUUACGGUGAGAUACCAUUUGAAGUAAACAAUACGAGCGAGAGCUACUACUAUGGAAUGGAUUUCAGUGGGAUGACUGAAUCCGGACAGCGUGUGAUGGGCGUGGUGCGAGGGGGCGCAGUGAGUGACCGCGUGUUGGCGCAUCCUGAACUGAUGUGGCCAGUACCAGACCAUUGGAGCCUAGAGGACGCAGCCACCGUGCCACUGCCUUACGCGCACGCGUUCUAUUGCUUAUCUAUUAAAACUGAGUUGACACAAGGAUCAAGUGUUGUCGUCCAUGGUGGCACUGGUGCUUUGGGACAAGCCAUCAUAUCCAUCGCAUUACAUUUAAAUUGCGAAGUCUUUGUCGCCGUCAGUGAUAUAAAAAAGAAACAGUAUCUCCUGAAACUAUAUCCACAACUAAAAGAUGAUCAUAUCGGAUGCUCCCGGGAUAUAAACUUUUCAGACUUAGUACUGAGCCACACUAAGGGAAGAGGAUGCAGUUUCGUAAUAACAUGUGGACAGGGUGAAAUUAAAACGGCUUUUCUGAAAUGCUGCGCACCCAAAGGUUAUACUUUAGACACGAGCCCACUUAAAAGUGAAGAAAACUACAUGUUUGGAAUGAGCUACAUGAUAGGUGAACGUUCGUAUAAGAGCAUCGACUUCGCAUCUAUAUUUGAAUCUCCAAAUAAAGACGAAUGGAAGAAAUUACAAGUUACGGUAGCGAAAGGUAUCCAAGAUGGAUAUGUACGCCCGCUAUCCCGUGUGUCCUUUAUGCCAGAAGAGGCUACUCGUGCAUUCCGUUUGCUAGCCGCUAGCCGUCAUCGUGGAAAAAUACUCCUACGCUUGCAGCCCGCACUUCCCCAACCGGAAUGUCCCAGACUUUUCUGCUCACCUGACCAUUGUCAAACGUUGAUAAGCGAUGAAGAAGGACUAGCGAUUCAGCUAGGCAACAGGCUGAUAAAACGUGGUGCCAGAAAUCUGCAUUUGCACUUACCAACUCCUCCAUCAAGCCACUUACUCAAAACUUGGGAGACUUUAGGCGUUAAAACACAAAUAUCAACGGAAGAACUUACAAGGAGUAAGGAUAUAAGUAAUUUGUUGAGUGAAAGCUGGCGCUUGGGCCCAGUAGAAGGCAUAUUUGUGCUGAUAACGAAGGCUCUCAAUAAACAAAAACAGAAAAUGUAUGAAAGCUUGGUGGAUAACUUGGAUCUAGUGGCUAGAAAAACGUGUCCAACAAUGAAGUAUUUUGCUGUUGUUGGCAUCAAUAACUUUGUGGGCCAACGUGUAUGUCUUUCAAGAGCGAGUCAACGUUUGCCGGCAAUGAUGCUUCGAAUACCACAGGAAUUAACAGAUGCGAGGCCUAUAACAAAUGCCAUAGAACAAGGUCUAUGUUCACAACAAAGUGCUAUAUUCGCUCACACUGACGUUACAACAAGCAAAACUCUCCUAGAUCAAAUUGCAGCGAUAUCUGGUAUUCCCAUUUCAAUAGGCACCGUUGGUGGCGAUGGUAGUACUGCAACGUUACAAGAUUUAGGAGUUUCGUCAGAUAAAGCACGAGCAGUAUCUAUCUUUUUAAGGGACUCUUAUAAUGUUUGUAUCGAUGACGACAAAAUACCUUUUAUGACUGUAGAAAGAUUACGGGACAUCGAGGAAAUGUCAAAGGAAUGCGAAUAUCCACCCAAGCAAGGUCUCAAUGCUCUAUUCACAUAUGUCGACCCGGAUGAACUACUGGCUACUCUUGAGUUGAUGUCACCUCCCACGCAUUCGCACCCCAGUCAAUUGAGGGAUGACGAGUUGGAAAACCAAGCAACCCUGCCAUUCUUGUGCGUGAUUCCUGGACUGGAAGGGCAUUACCAUCGCUACCGACUGAUGUGCGAGCGACUGAAGCUGCAGGCCUUCGUGCUACAGCCUGGUCUCGAUAGACCUGGAGAGUCUCACGAAGAAUUGGCAGCGAGAUAUGUGAAGAUUAUGUUGAAAAAGAUGAACAAAGACAAGAGAUUUUACCUCCUAGGCUACGAAAUGGGAGUACUAACGGCACUAGAGAUGGCAGCUAUACUUGAAGAAGAAGGUAUGACGGGUACAGUAUUUUGCUUGGGAGGUGGUCCGGAGGACUUCUUAACCGCGUUAGAGGAGCAGAUCAAUGCGGCGUGUGCUGGCGAGAACUCAGAGCAAGUGCUACAGGAUGCAGUGGCGCGACAUAUGUGUUCGCUCAUGGGUAGUGCCUCUACGCAACUGGAGACUGCGCUACGCAAUGCUAGCACUUGGCGAGAGAAGGUUGAUGUGAGCGUCAGCGUCCUGCGCGGACGCGUUACAUAUUCAGCUCAGUAUGCGCAAGCGCUGAUCGAGGCUGCGUACGCGCGCGUGUCGCAGGCGCGUAACGCUAGAGCGCGCGUACAAGCGACGCCACGCGCGCUUCAAUCCCGCGUAGUGUUGCUACGCUCGCCAACUGCAGUCUCCGCCUCCCCGCAUCCACUCCAGCGCUACACGCGUCUCCCGCUCGCGAUACACGACUUACGCGCUCCGCUAGUCCACGCCACUGAUGAUUUACGUGUAGCGGCCAUCGUCAACCAAUAUCUAGACGACGAGGUUCUUCGGGAGUUUGAAAAUAAAAAUAUUUGUGAAACAUAUCUACUGAAUGCUGACGUCUUCAUGACGGCCUAAAUUUGUGUAAUGUUAAUGCAGUUUUCAAUAAAAUUCACGAAGUUACAACAUGUUUUGGUUGUGGAUAAGGUAUUAAAUGUGACAAGUUUGAAAUGAAAA